CUCGCUGGCUGAGUUAGUGGCUCUGGCCGUCUGUGAACCAAGAGGACUUGUGUGAGGUAGGUGAAACGAAGUCGUCGAGCGCUCUUUCCCUCUCUCUAUACCUCUCUGUCUGCGACGCGGUUGGAUAGGCUACCGCCAGGUGCCGACUGCCGAGGCCCUCACCGGCGGCGAAGAGCGCCCGCCAGUCCCAGCAAUGGCAGCAAGGUGUAGCCUUUCCUCGUCAUCCCUGUCGGUCCAUGGACCCCUCCGCCACAAUAAACCCAGCAAGAGACUCGCUCCAUGCCUGCCAUCGGCGCCAAGACCAGGAGCCGCUGCUCUGAGAGCGCGUGCUGCGAAACUUCCUCCAGGGGUUGAAGCGCCCAGGGUGCAGCCGAAGCUGAGCGAGCCCUUCUUGGGGUUCACCCAGACCGCGGAGAUUUGGAACUCCAGGGCCUGCAUGAUCGGCCUCAUCGGCACCUUCAUUGUGGAGCUGGUGCUGAACAAGGGGAUUCUUCAGAUGAUUGGGGUGGAGGUGGGCAAGGGUCUGGACCUUCCUCUUUGAAGGGUGACCAAAUAGUAACAUUAUCGUUUGAUGGCGUAUUAUGCUGGCCGAAAAACAUGAGGGUUUCACUUGCUUUUGACUUGGUGGCUACAUAUGCAUGUUCAUCAAGCAUGUCCUUGGAUAUCCGGAUGUUACAACAUCAACUAUGUUAAUGACUUGGUGGCUGGCCGUUUGACAGGGUUAAU